AUGACUCGUACAAAUCCAUAUGCAGUCGCUAUUGGUGACAUCAAUGGAGAUAACUAUCUAGAUAUAGCUGUUGCUCAUCUUAGCGAUAGUAGUGUUGGCAUUUCACUCGGUGUUGGCAAUGGUACUUUCUUUUCACAAAGUUCAUUUGCAGUUGGUCUCACCCCAAUUACAGUUUCUGUCCAAGAUUUCGAUGGUGAUCAACGCCUUGACUUGUUGGUUGUUAACAAUGAUGCCAAUACUGUCAGCAUUCUGCUCGGUUAUGGUAACGGAACGUUCGCCUCGCAAAAAGUUUUUAAUACAUUCAUCUAUCCCAUGGUAGCCGUUGUAGCGGACUUUAAUCAUGACAAUAGUUUAGAUUUUGCUGUCACCAACUAUGGUAGCAAUAGUGUGAGUGUUCAUCUAGGCUAUGGUAAUGGUACUUUCCGAACACGAACAUCGUAUGCCACCAUGAUGAAUCCAUGGGGACUGGCGGUGGGUGAUCUGAAUGGUGAUCAACACAUGGAUCUAGUCACAGCAAACUGUGCAAAUAGUACGAUGAGUGUGCUACUCGGAAAUGGCAAUGGUACCUUUCGAGCAGCUGUUAACUAUAGGAUUGGAAGUUGUGCAUAUGCACUUGCAAUAGGUGAUAUGAAUGGAGAUACUUACUUGGAUGUCGUGGCUGUAGCAACCUUUUCUUAUUAUUUUAGUAUAUUUCUUGGUGAUGGACGAGGUUCUUUCUUUGAAUGGUGGUCUUUUCUUACAGAUGACAAUCCGACAUCGUUGGUUCUCUAUGAUUUCAACAAUGAUGGCCGACUUGAUGUCGUAAUUGGUCAUUACACGGGUACUAUAAGACUAUUUCUGAACACAUGCUAA